GUAUCACUCGCGAGUAGGUACUUGAGGUAAUUGGUACCGUGCCAUUACGCGAGAUGCUGCUUUGGGAUGCGCCCCACCAACCCCAUCAACGUUCUCCCUUUCCAACCAUGUUCAGUCAUGCUCUCUUUACUAUGGAAUAUUUUGGGCAUGCGUGCCAUGGUGUUCUCCCUGGUAUGUAGCACCAUGCCAGACAACUUGAUCUUUCCGCCAUUCCAUACCAGAAUAUGGAACGUGCUGCCCAACCGUGCGCCUCCAGGUGGUCUGGCACAUCGGCACCUGGGUGGUCCGGCACGAGGAGUAACCUAGUUCAUGACGCGCGAACGAAGGAUGCCUACGUAGAUCUAUGUGGUUGUCUUUUUCCCUAGCGAGGUACUGAAUAGUUAUACUCGAUGAUGUUUCUGCGA